UAUUUUGUUGAACCCAUGUUCAUAGAGGCUGUUUGUAUUUGUUCAUGAGUGUGUAAUGUGUAUCCCUGAACCCUGAUACUUAUCAACUUCAUCUCAGAUACUACAAGGACCUGGAAAAUAGUUUCUUGAAUUCUUAGUGGCUGAACUGUGAGGUGUUGUGCAAUGAGGAAGGAAGUGUUAGUUGGACUAAAAAUAAGGGUUUGAUUUUAAUCUGUCCUUCCACAUAGGUAUUAUUAGUGUGGAAAUAAUUGCUCUUAAUUCUCAGAUGAAUUUCCUUUGCAGCAAAAAUUUUUUUCUUAUUUCAAAGUUCAUCCUAAUUCCAGAAUGUCUGAUCAAAUGGUUCUUGUGACUGGGGCAAGUGGCUACAUUGCCUGCCAUGUGGUAAAGCUGCUGCAGGAGACAGGCUAUCGUGUCAGAGGCACGGUUCGUAGUCUGAAGAACUCAUCUCGUGUUGACCCUCUCAAAAUGCUGGUUUCUAACCCCAAGCACCCUUUGGAAUUAACAGAAGCAGAUUUGGAGAGUGAUGAUGGCUGGGAUAAAGCCAUGGAAGGUGUGUAUGCAGUGAUGCACACUGCCAGUCCAUUUCCUUCUUUGGAGGAGUCACCAUCCGAGCAGAGUUUAGUCAUACCAGCAGUUGAAGGAACCAAGCGCGUUCUGAGUGCUGCAGCUAAAGCUGGUGUCAAAAAAGUUGUUGUCACAUCUUCAUGCAGUGCUGUAGUUGAUCCCGCUUCUACUGACCCAAGUAAGAAGUUUGAUGAAGAAGACUGGACUGACACCAGCAACCCAGCUAUCACAUCUUAUCCCAAGUCAAAAACUCUUGCAGAAAGAGCAGCAUGGGACUUGCUUGAGUCAUUACCUGAGGGUCAACGGUUUGAACUGUCUACGGUGAACCCUGUGCUGGUGAUGGGCCCGCCUCUCGUGGAGUCUAACAAGUCUGCUACAUCAGUGAUCAUCCUGAGGGACGCCAUCAUGGCCAAGGUGCCUGGCUCUCCCAAACUGUGCUUCCGUAUUUGUGAUGUGAGGGACGUUGCUCUAGCGCAUCUCAAGUGCUUGACAAACCCCGAAGCAGUUGGCAAACGUCACAUUAUUUCUUCUGGAGGAAUCUGGAUGAAAGAUAUGAACCAAAUACUUGCGGACGAGUUCAAACCUCAGAACUACAAAGUUAGCACCAGAGAAUUGCCAAACUUUGUUAUCUGGUUCGCCUCGAUUUUCAAUGAAAGAAUCAGGAAGCAAGUCUAUCCACGCCUUGGGGUUAUGUUCGACAUAGAUAACUCCAGAAUGAAGAACGUGCUGGGCAUUGAACCCACGCCCCAGAAAGACUCUAUCCUUGACAUGGCCUACGCUAUGAUCGAGCUCGGCAUCGUUGCGAAAACCAGCGCUUACAAAGGCCCCAAGUUCAGCGAAUGGCAUUCAUCAGGAUCCACAAAAAGCGUAUAAGCGGUGCAGUGUAACUGGAUAAGAUUCACCGUCCAGCUGGCCUUACGCUCAAGUGGAUACUCUGCCGCCGCUCAUCGUUGUGCUGCAAUGUUGCCUUUUUUGCUGCUGACUAUCAUCAAAUAUUUCUUACUUUUUCACAGAAUUUAUUUUUGAAGUGCGUUAAUUCGUCCCUUGUUAACCAUUCGCCCACAUGUGAUACAAAUUUUUUUACACAUAUAACUGCGGACAACUAGAAUACGUAUUUAACUGUCAAAUAAUUAAUAUUUCAUAUGUCUACUUUUAUCCUGACGCAAAAAUAUCAGGAACUAAAAUAUUCUACGAAAUGAAGUGAAGAAAUGUUUGCUCUGUGAAAUCUCUAAUGUUUCUUGAAGAAUCUCCGUAUCUUUUAAGAUUUUUUCUUAGUUUCUAAUGCUGGGUGCUUGGUUUAGAUACAUACGUGUUUUUAUAUACUGGUGAUAUAUCCCUGGUAAAUAUAUUGCUGACGAAUUAUAUGAAAAACUUGUUCAUAGGAAGUAACUGCCGUGCGCUCCGCUGCAGGGCCUAGCCAAGGCAAUACAAGCUUUUUUUUUAAUUUUGUGU